AUGCCUUCUCUCAAAGCUACCAUCUUUGCUCUCUUUGCUGGCUCUGCCCUGGCAAGUCCUGCUGGUAUCAGACUCAGCGAGAGGCAGCUUCACUACCAUGACAUGUCCAAGAGGCAGAAUGAAGCUGCGGCUAAGCUUGGUCUCAACGACUUUGACAUUCUGCAAUUCGCCUUGACUCUCGAGCAUCUCGAAGAGACCUUUUACCGCGAAGGCUUCACCACCCUCUCAGACGCCGACUUUGCUCCCCUGGGUCUCUCCGCAGAGUCCCUCGGCGACCUCAAGGCCAUCGGAAAGACAGAGGAGUCUCACGUCGUGCUCCUCCAGGGCGCCAUUGCUCAGGCCGGCUUCCAGCCCGUCCAGGCUUGCAAGUACGACUUUGCCGGAGCCACCAAGGACCCGGCUCUCAUGGUGGCUACUGCUGCCAUCCUCGAGAGCGUCGGCGUGUCGGCCUACCUCGGAGCUGCACCGCUUCUUUCGGAUCCCGGUGUUCUUGGUGUUGCCGGUGCUAUUCUCACCGUCGAGGCCAGACAUCAGACAGCCAUUCGAGUCUUUUCCCAAGCCAAGGCCGUCCCCCAGCCCCUGGACACACCUCUGGGUCCCAAGGCCGUCUUCUCCCUAGCUGCCCCCUUCAUCGUCGAGUGCCCCGAAGGCUCCAACCUUAUUCUUGAGGCUUUCCCCAAGCUUGCCAUGGCCGAGGGUCAGACCGCUGAAGCCGUCGUUGUCGGAGCCCCCAUCAAGCUGGCUUCGGACGCGGCGGCUGGUGCCACUCACUGCGCUUUUACCUCUGGAGGAAUCAUUCCCGGAGGCACAAAGUUCACCAAGUUCACCGCUGCCGAGGGCUGUGAGGUGCCAAAGGAGGUCGCGGGCGUUACAUAUGUCUCGUUGGCCAGUGCUGGACCCCUGGAUGGUGUCUUGACCGAUGAGAUCACCGUGGCUGGGCCCAUGGUUCUUACCAUCUCCUAG